CAGCUGGAAUAAAAAAGGCUGUGUUUUGAAGAUAACACGGCUCUAAAAAGCUUCGAAGCGGUGCGAAGGAAGCUUUGUGCAACUUUUGGCGGGAAUCGGGAUUAGCAAAACCUCAGCUGUUCACUGCCGCUAAAACGGCCCGGACCGCCCCUCCAUGGGCUAGAGUAGACGUCUCUAUGGUCGAGUAAACAGAAGUUUCUCUCUUCCCCACGCGGUGGGGCUGCGCAUGAGCAAUAGCCGCAGAGUUGGAAAGAUGGCGGAGGAAGAGCCAAGAAAAAAGAUCCCUUUGGUUCCAGAAAAUCUCCUGAAAAAGAGGAAGGCUUAUCAGGCCCUGAAAGCCACCCAGGCAAAGCAGGCGCUUUUGCAAAGGAAGGAGCAGAGGAAAGGAAAAGAGAUCAAGUUUAAGCGACUAGAAUGGUUCCUACACGAUUCCUGGCGGCAACUACGUGACAAGGUGCGACUCAGACGACUAGAAGUGAAACCUCAUGGCUUGGAAGUGCCAGAUAAACAUUCCUUGGCCUUUGUUUUACGCAUCGAAAGGAUUAAUGGGGUGAGUUUACUGGUGCAGAGGACCAUCGCAAGACUUCGCCUGAGUAAGAUUUUCAGUGGUGUCUUUAUGCAAGUAACUCCUCGGACCAUAAAAACGCUUCGUAUAGUGGAACCUUAUGUGACCUGGGGAUUUCCAAAUUUGAAGUCAGUUCGGGAACUCAUCUUGAAACGUGGACAAGCCAAGGUCAAGAAUAAAAUCAUCCCUUUGACAGACAACACGGUGAUUGAGGAGCACCUGGGGAAGUUUGGUGUCAUUUGCUUGGAAGACCUCAUUCACGAAAUUGCCUUUCCGGGGAAGAAUUUUCAGGUGAUCUCAGGAUUCUUGCGCCCUUUCCAACUCUCAGUAGCCCGUCACGCUACCAAGAAUAGAGUGGGCUUCCUCAAGGAAGUGGGCUCACCUGGCUAUCGAGGUGAACGCAUCAAUCAGCUCAUCCGGCAGCUGAACUAAACCCAGCACAUCUGAAAGCACAGUGCAUUGGAAGCAUGUGUUUUUGUUUUAUGGAAUUGUUACCCAGUAUCUUCAAGCAAGAUUAUUUUCUGCUGUAUCUUCAGAAACUGGAGGGGAAGGGUCAGGGAAAAGAUGGUGAUGUUCAGGGCAGGCACUUUUCAUCCCACUUCAGUUCCAAGAAAAAGUUCCUGUGUGUUUUCUGCGAAGACCGCCAUCCACCUCAAACCAGCAAAGGACUUGUGCCAUGGAGGAGGGAGUCCUGUUUUAUCACACCUAUCCUGGGAUUUAAUGUUGGUGAACGAACAAAUACCCACAUAUGAAUACAAGACAGCAGUGGACCAGGCCCAGGGGCAUAUUGAACCUGGGGUAUCCAAGGGCCUUGUUUUAGAAAGAACUUGAAAUACAAUUAGAAAGAAGCGCACAAAAACAA